UGAGGCUUGAUAGUUUGAAGUAGGAUCUAUUUUUCUGUAACACGGUAGCAAUGGCUGACAGACAUCAGUAUUAUUGUAAGUCUCUCUUGACUUGAGCUGGUAUUUAGAUUGGAUGGGAUGUCAGAUAAGCGCCAGCGUGCAAGAGUCCAGGGUUCCUGGGCCAAACAGCUGCCAAAACCCUCAAACAGUCAAACUGCGAGCAGCCUAAACAAUCAACCCAAAAAUGUUAACGCCGCCUCUGGUACAUGGGGAUUUGGCAACCAGAAAACAUCUAAAGCAUUUGAGUUUCACAAACCCUCCAAGCCAAUAAGAGAAGUGCCUCCAGAGAAAGUAAUAGAACAUUUGGGUGAUUAUGAAAUAAGUCUCGGGCCUUCUGGGGUGUCUUGGCUGCGGCUGCGGCCCGGGUUCCUCACACCAGAGGAGGCUGACUGGAUGUUCAGUAAGCUGCUAGCGGAGCUGCCAUGGUCCCAGAAGACGAACUACAGACUGGGUGAGGCGUAUGAAGAGCCCAGGCUCACCUGCUGGUUCGGAGAGUUACCGUAUACAUACUCUCGCUCCACUAUGGCUGCCAACACACAGUGGCAUCCGCUGCUGGUCGCCCUCAGAGAGGCGGUGGAGCAGGCCAGCGGCUGCACCUUCAACUCGCUGCUGUGUAACUUGUAUCGAGACGGACACGACAGCAUCGGCUGGCACAGCGACGACGAGGCCUCUUUGGGCCCCACGCCCACCAUCGCGUCUCUGAGUCUGGGCGACACCAGAGCCUUCAGCCUUCGCAAGCAGCCUUCAGCGGAGGACAACGGCGACUACACGUAUGUGGAGCGAAUCCGGAUUCCUCUGAGCCACGGGACUCUGCUGCUGAUGGAGGGAGCCACGCAGGACGACUGGCAGCAUCAAGUGGCAAAGGAAUACCACGACCGGGGCCCGCGCAUCAACCUGACCUUCAGGACCGUCCACCCGGAGCCGGAGGGCCACAGGCCCGGCACAAAAAUGAGGUUCACAGCAAAGAACCCGUAGGUUCCUCUCUGAGUCAGGUACCAACGGCUGGUGAAGGAAAACUUCAUCGCUUAAAUGAAGAUAUGUUUUUGAAGAAGGAGGUAUGAGUUGCAGUGUAAAUUAUCACAUAGUCCUGCUUAGUUUAUAUAAUCAGAGAAAACUGGUUGAGAAAAUAGUAUUCAACAUUUCUGAGGCUGUAAUAACAUACUUUUUCUGAUUUCCACCCUAAUGAAUGAAUUUCAUCAGUUCGAUGUAAAAUCUGGCCAAAAUAUAUUUUUGGACAACUGUUUUUGGAUGACUGUCAAAUGUUUGUGUUGGUUCGUAGUGUAAGAAGGAUCUGGAGUGACUAAUGUGUAAAGAAACUGUUCAGGAUGUUCAUUUUAAGUUCUUUUCUUUUUUUAGCCACUCGGGUCAGCUAGCGACAGGAAGUGGGUUUAUUAGUGGGGAUAAACGUUCUUGGAAAAGUUGAUCAAACAAAACUAUUUUGUUUUUUGUUUGUUUAAUUUUCUUGACAAAUGUUCAAAUCCUAAAAUAAUAAAAACACGAAAGCUUUAUGGAAAUUGAAGUCUGUAGUUUUCUGUAUCCGAGAAAUAAAAGGGAGACUUGAUGUGAGAAACUGCAAAAUUAUUUCAACCACUUCAUUUUCUGAAGUUUGUCAUGUGACAACAUAAACUGAAUCCAUCAGCUGAGCUGUAGAGUUUUAGUCUUAAACAUUGUGAUGUAAAUGGAGGAUUGACUCUCUCUAAAUCUUUUCUGUAAAGUGAAAGUGUUGCUACUUGGCAGGGAACUGAAGACAAACCUGAAGCUGAUUUAUCUUCAUUUUUAUUUUUUAUCAGACGAUGAGGAAAUUUGAUUUAGUGUGACUUAAUGAAAUAGAUCUACAGCUGGAACCAAGAUAUUUUCAUAAACUGACUAAAAACAAACAUACGUGCUUUUUUUCUCACUGCCUGAAGUUAAAUCUGACCAAACCUUUCUUGAUUUAGGUCUGUUAGAAUUACCAAAAUUAUUUCUAUUUCCCAGCUGCCAGAAAACUUUGC